AUGAAGAGAAAGACUCUUUUACUGCGGUCAUGGGCGAAUAUAAGGGACCCAUUUUUCAAACAGACACAUCGACACGCAGAUGGGUCCUACCUGGCUGAGUUUCUGCUGGCUAAAGGUUAUGAGGUUCAUGGUAUCCUCCGCAGGUCCAGUUCUUUUAACACGGGCCGGAUUGAGCACCUUUAUCAUAACCCUCAAACGCACACAGAAGGAAGCAAUGGAUCCGCUAAGGGUUCCCCUAAAAUCUCCUUUGACCUUGCUGAGUACACCGCAGACGUUGACGGGGUAGGGACCCUACGUCUGCUGGAUGCAGUAAAGACCUGCGGUCUAACUGACACCGUCCGCUUCUACCAGGCCUCCACCAGCGAGCUCUACGGGAAAGUACAGGAAAUUCCCCAGAAGGAGACCACACCAUUUUACCCGCGAUCCCCUUAUGGUGCUGCUAAGCUCUAUGCAUACUGGAUAGUGGUAAACUUCAGGGAAGCCUAUAACCUCUUUGCUGUGAAUGGGAUCUUGUUCAAUCAUGAGAGUCCUAGAAGAGGUUCAAAUUUUGUAACUAGGAAGAUCAGUCGCUCUGUGGCAAAGAUCCAUCUUGGGCAGUUGCAGUGCUUCAGCCUGGGGAAUCUGGACUCCAAGCGAGACUGGGGCCAUGCCAAAGAUUAUGUGGAGGCGAUGUGGCUGAUGUUGCAGCAGAAGGAGCCUAUCGAUUUUGUCAUAGCGACGGGGGAAGUGCACAGCGUACGGGAGUUCGUGGAGAAGGCCUUCAAACACGUGGGCAAAACCAUUGUGUGGGAUGGGAAGAAUGAGGAGGAGGUGGGCCGAUGUCAGGAGACGGGAGAGAUUCAUGUGAAGGUGGAUCCGAAGUACUACCGGCCAACUGAAGUGGACUUCCUACAGGGAGACAGUUCCAAAGCCUUUAAGAUCCUGGGCUGGAAACCACGUGUGACGUUCGAGGAGCUUGUUAAAGAAAUGGUGGAUGCAGACAUCGAGCUCAUGCGGAACAACCCGAAUGCCUGAUCCCACACGCCUUCAUCUCCAUGCAUGCCAAAGAGGCAGUUGUCAUGUGUUUGUGUGUGAUCACUGGAAGAAGCAUUCAGCUGCAUUUCUGUUGCUCCGUCUGUCAUUUUCUCUGCUGCUUCAGCUUUCGGAUCUCAGUUUCGCUGUGUUUUGAGGGUGUUGCCUUUCUCUAUUCCUUAAGUGUCAUAUUUAAGGUUAUGUGUAUGGAUUUUUAGUUUGUGUUGUCUAAAUGAUUUUUAUCCAUUUUUAUAAAGAGGUUUUUAUUCAUAAUCAUGAAAAAAAAAUUGUAAAUAAGGGAUUAAAGGGUUUGUAGAGCUGUUUAAAGCUGUUUGCGGUUUUAUUCAUGUCUUUUCAGUUUAAGGAAUCACAUU